AUGGAGGUGCUCAAUAGGACAAGGGUCUCUGAGAUCUUUCUGAAAGGAUUUUCUGCCUACCCAGCCCUAGAGCACCUGCUCUUCCCACUGUGCUCAGCCACGUACUUGGUGAUGCUGCUGGGGAACACAGCCAUUGUGGCAGUGAGUGUGCUGGAUGUCCACCUGCACACGCCCAUGUACCUCUUCCUGGGCAACCUCUCCAUCCUGGACAUCUGCUACACAUCCUCAUUUGUGCCCCUGAUGCUGAUCCACUUCCUGUUGACCCAGAAGACCAUCUCUUUCAUCGGCUGUGCAGUUCAAACGUGUCUGAGUUUGUCCACGGGCUCCACAGAGUGUCUGCUGCUUGCCAUCAUGGCCUACGAUCGCUACCUAGCCAUUUGCCGGCCACUGCAGUACCCCGUGCUCAUGAGCCACCAGCUCUGCUUGUUGCUGGUGGGAGCCUCCAGGGCCUUCUCUCUCUUCAAGUCAGUGACUGAGAUGGUUAUCGCCAUGAGGCUGCCCUUCCGUGGUCACUACGUGGUCAGCCACUUCACUGGCGAGAUCCUGGCAGUUCUGAAGCUGGCAUGUGGUGACAAGUCGGUCAGUGAGGACUUCUUGCUGGCUGGCAGCAUUUUGCUACUGUGCAUACCCCUGGCACUCAUCUGCCUCUUCUACAGUCUUAUCCUCGUCACCAUUCUGAGGGUGCCCUCAGCUGCCGGGCGCCACAAAGCCUUCUCUACCUGCUCAGCGCACCUGGCUGUGGUGGUGCUCUUCUAUGGUGCUAUCAUCUUCAUGUACAUGAAGCCCAAGAGCAAGGAGGCCCACAUCUCUGAAGAGGUCUUCACAGUUCUCUACGCCGUGGUCACACCCAUGCUGAACCCUGUCAUGUACAGCCUGAGGAACAAGGGUAAAGAGGCUACAAGGAAGGUGUGGGGCAGGAUUUGGACCUCCAGGUGA